AGGUUCUGCCAUGGCUUAUUGCAGAUUUCCUGAUGUGUUUUGCUGGAUUCAGAACCUUCCACCAAUCUCAAAAUGGAAAACAGGUUCCAUGUCCCUGAGCAUAUGUUCUUUAAACUCAUCCCAACCAUCUCUUAACUUCACCAUAGCAAAAAAUAAUCAAUCCUCUAAACUCUCUUUUGCCAUUGUCGCAGACUUUAAUAUCCCUAUCUCUCUUUGGACCUCAAAACCUUUCAAUCCUAGCCAUAAAACCAUGAAGUUAAUUGAUGAAGAAACCAUUUAUGAUCUCCUCGUUAAUUUCAUAGAAGACAUCCUUCAUUAUGGCUCAAACAAGAAUAGUCCCUUCAUCAAAAUUCCCAAACUUGAUUCUAUUUCCAACUUUCCAGACAUUUUCAAUCUUGCUUUCCUCACUCUCUUCUUCCUAGUUUGCAUAUAUGAAGCCCCUGCUGAUCUUCGUUCUCGAUGUCUUAACAUUUUGAAAGAUCACUUGGCAGGCUGUCAAUCAAGACAAGCAUCAAAGUUGCUGAUGAAGCUCUUGGGUUCUAACUUGGAAGAGCUCUGGAUGCGUUCUAUAAACCUUGCAAUUACAAAUUGGAUUGUGGAACUCCAAGAAGCACAUCACAGCACCUUCAGAUCACCAUCUCCUCUAUUUUCUUAUGCUUUCUCUGCAUACGGAUUGUGGAAAGUUCAAUUAUACUGUCCUGUCAUAAGCAUGGAUCUUGAGAAUGCAAACAACCAUCCUGCUGAUGAGAGACUUCAAUUCUCUCUCAAAUAUCAACAACUUGAAGGUGUUCUUCAGUUCAAUCACAAAGUCAUAAUCAAAGAGAAGUGGGUUGAAAUCAUGGUCAACAUUGACAACAUAAGAUGUGAUGUUUUCAAACUGGUAGAUGAAACUCUAAUGAGAGAAAGAGGAGCUGGUGCAGCUGAAAAAUAUUUUCCUUCAAGAAUAUCAUUGCAACUUACCCCUACCCUUCAAAAUCAAGUGUUGAGCGUAUCAGUUGGCAAAUCCUCGGAGAACCCACGAAUAGAGAUUGGUAUGGAAAAAAGUAUAGAAGCUUCAUUUGAGCCACCUAAUCCCUACUUGGGACUUAAUGUAUCAGUUGGAGAGUCCACAACCAUGAGUUUAAAGCCCUGGAAAUUUGAGGAAUCCGUUUAUGGGUAUAGUGCAAAUUUGAAUUGGUUUCUUCAUGAUAGCAUGGAUGGCAAGGAAGUGUUCUCGUCCAAGCCUUCAAAGAUUUCAUUGAUUAACCCAAAGUCAUGGUUCAAAGACAGGUACUCAAGUGCUUAUCGUCCUUUCACAAGGCAAGGAGGGGUUAUUUUCGCGGGUGAUGAAUAUGGAGGAAGCGUGUGCUGGAAAGUAGAUAAAGGUGCCAUAGGGAAGAAAAUGGAAUGGGAGAUAAGGGGUUGGAUAUGGUUGACAUAUUUGCCUAACAAGCACAAGACAUUCUACCAUGAAACAAGGAGGUUGGAGUUCAGGGAAAUAGUCCACCUCAACAUUGCUUAG